AUGUCGCCCCCUCAGGACCUGGAAGACGAACAGGGCGGCGGCGAUCCACCCGGGGACCUCCGCAGCGUCCUGGUCACCAGCGUGCUCAACCUCGAGCCGCUGGAUGAGGAUCUCUACAGAGGAAGGCAUUACUGGGUACCCUCAACCCAGCGUCUGUUUGGGGGUCAGAUCGUGGGCCAGGCCCUGGUGGCUGCAGCCAAGUCUGUGAGUGAAGAUGUCCAUGUGCAUUCCCUGCAUUGCUACUUUGUACGGAAAGGGGACCCGAAGGUGCCGGUGCUGUACCAGGUGGAGCGGACGCGGACAGGGGGGAGCUUCUCUGUGCGCUUCGUGAAGGCCGUGCAACAUGGCAGGCCCAUCUUCAUCUGCCAGGCUUCCUUCCAGAAGGCCCAGCCCAGCCCCAUGCAGCACCAGUUCUCCAUGCCUGCUGUGUCCCCGCCGGAGGAGCUGCUUAGCCACGAGGCCCUCAUUGACCAGUAUUUAAGGGACCCGAGGCUCCAGGAGAAGUACAGAGUGGGGCUGAACCAAAUUGCUGCCCAGGAGGUGCCCGUUGAGAUCAAGGUGGUAAACCCACCCACUCUAGGCCAGCUGAAGAAAAUGGAACCCAGACAGAUGUUCUGGGUGCGAGCCCAGGGCUAUAUUGGCGAGGGCGACAUGAAGAUGCACUGCUGCGUGGCGGCCUAUAUCUCAGACUAUGCCUUCCUGGGCACAGCAGUGCUGCCCCACCACUGGCAGUACAAGGUCGACUUCAUGGUCUCCCUGGACCACACCAUGUGGUUCCAUGCCCCUUUCCGAGCUGACCACUGGAUGCUCUAUGAGUGUGAGAGCCCCUGGGCCGGUGGCUCCCGGGGCCUGGUUCACGGGCGGCUGUGGCGUCAGGAUGGGGUCCUGGCUGUGUCCUGUGCCCAGGAGGGCGUGAUCCGAGUUAAGCCCCAGGACCCAAAGAGCAAUCUGUAG